GCGCAGACUCAGGAAAUCCAAUCCAACCUAAAGGUUCGCGGUAUGGCGGGGACUGGUUUGGUGGCCGGAGAGGUUGUGGUGGAUGCGCUGCCCUAUUUUGAUCAAGGUUAUGAAGCGCCCGGUGUGCGGGAAGCGGCUGCGGCGCUGGUGGAGGAGGAAACUCGCCGAUACAGACCCACAAAGAACUAUCUGAGCUACCUGACAGCCCCAGAUUAUUCUGCUUUCGAGACCGACAUAAUGAGAAAUGAAUUUGACAGAUUGGCUGCUCGACAACCAAUUGAAUUGCUCAGUAUGAAACGAUAUGAGCUUCCAGCCCCUUCCUCGGGUCAGAAAAAUGAUAUUACUGCAUGGCAAGAAUGUGUAAACAAUUCUAUGGCCCAGUUAGAACACCAAGCGGUUCGAAUUGAGAACCUGGAACUAAUGUCACAGCAUGGAUGCAAUGCCUGGAAAGUAUAUAAUGAAAAUCUGGUUCAUAUGAUUGAGCAUGCUCAGAAAGAACUCCAGAAGUUAAGGAAGCAUAUUCAAGAUUUAAACUGGCAGCGAAAGAACAUGCAAUUAACAGCUGGAUCUAAAUUGAGAGAAAUGGAGUCAACUUGGGUAUCCCUAGUUAGUAAGAAUUAUGAGAUUGAACGGACUAUUGUACAACUAGAAAAUGAAAUCUAUCAAAUUAAGCAGCAACAUGGAGAAGCCAACAAAGAAAACAUUCGCCAAGACUUCUGA